AUGUUACUCUCCGCUGCGUCUGUUGCUCUGGCCUUCCUGGCCAGCGUUCCUUCUGUUUCCGCAUCACCAACCCAGUAUCUGCAGCAGAAUGCAUCCAACCCUGUUGUCAAGCUCGACUAUGGCACCUUUCGCGGCGCGUCUUCGUCCCAGUAUAACAUAACAUACUACCGCAAGAUCCCCUUUGCAGCAUCCACAGCAGGAGAGAACCGGUUCCGCGCCCCUCAGCCUCCGCUCCGCAUCACCAAUGGCACAUACGACACCAACCAAGCUUUUGACAUGUGCCCACAGCGCACGGUAAAUGGCUCAGAAGACUGCUUGUACCUAGGUGUAUAUUCUCGACCUUGGGAGAAGAAGAAACAGGAUCUGAGGCCCGUGUUGCUAACCUUCUACGGCGGCGGCUUCAUCCGAGGAAGCGCCAGCUUCAAUAUCCCGCCUUCCGGCUACCCGGUCCUGGACGUCGAUGACAGGAACGACUAUGUAGUUGUAUACUCCAACUACCGCACCAACGUUUUUGGCUUCUUACCUGGUUCAAAAAUCGCGGAACACCCAGAUGUCGACCUUAAUCCUGGGCUUCUCGAUCAACAAGCUGCGCUGCAAUGGAUACAGAAGUACAUUCACCAUUUCGGUGGUGAUAAGCGGAAUGUUACUAUCUGGGGGCAAUCGGCGGGUGGUGGUAGUGUUGUCGCGCAGACGAUUGCUACCGGUAACCGUGGGAAGAAGUUGUUCACCAAAGCAAUGGCCAGCAGUCCCUUUUGGCCCAAGACGUACCGGUAUGACAGUGAUUGGGCGGAAGAUCUAUAUCAGCAGACGCUGCAAGAUGUUGGUUGUGCUGGUGCGGCGGAUGAGAUCAAGUGUUUGAAAGAGGCAGAUAUACAGAAGCUGAGAGAUAGCGCGUUGGCAUUGAGUUCGAGUCAGCAGUACACUACUGCUUCUUUUACCUAUGGACCGGUCAUUGACGACAAGUUUCUCACGGAGCCUUUGAGCGAAGUUGUCAGCAGUGGGAAAUUGAAUGCUGAGACGAUCAUGACGAGCUACAACUUACAUGAAGGCGAAAACUUCAUCCCUCCUAGUUUCGCAAACACCAAGACUGGUAGUGAUGGGUUCAACUCAUCGGCUGCUUCUUUUGAUGCGUGGUUGAGAGGCUUCUUACCGGAUCUCACACAGCAGGAUCUGGAGGAUGUAAAGACGAUGUAUCCCGCAACAGGCACUGCCGAGGAGAUCAGUUGGAAUACGACAUAUAUCCGUGCCGGCCUAAUAUACCGUGACCUCGUUCUAGCAUGUCCGUCGUAUUGGCUUUCAAAGAAGGCGGAGAAAGGGUGGCUGAUCGAGUACACCAUUUCGCCUGCUAAACACGCGAGUGAUGUGCAAUACUGGAAUACCAUUGGUUCAAUCCAGCAAACAGAUGCUCUCACCUACCAAGGGUAUGCUGGUGCUAUGGCUUCCUUCAUCGAAACCGGUAAUCCGAAUGCGCACAAAGUUACGAAUGCAACUGUAUCCGGCGUACCAGAUGUUGAGGAGGGUAAACAGUUCUUGGUCACGGCGAGUGGGCUACGACAAGGUGGGAUUAGCAUGUUGGAGGCGAGGUGCAAGUACUGGUCUGGAGUCGCUGAUAGGGUACCUGUAUGA